GCCAAGGACGCGCCGCGCCGCGCCGCGCCGCCGCCCCGGGCCUGCCGCGGCCGCCCCGGACCGGCAUGGGCAACGGCAUGAACAAGAUCCUCCCCGGACUCUUCCUUGGGAACUUCAUAGAUGCCAAGGACCUGGAUCAGCUGAGCCGGCACAAUAUCACCCACAUUCUCUCCAUCCAUGAAUCGCCGCAGCCGCUUAUCCCGGGGAUCACGUACCUCCGCAUUGCUCUCCCUGACAUGCCAGAGGCAAACAUCAAGAAGCACUUUAAGGAAUGCAUUCAUUUUAUCCAUGCCUGCCGCAUGCGUGGAGGGAACUGCCUCGUUCACUGCCUGGCCGGGAUCUCUCGCAGCACCACCAUCGUCCUCGCGUACGCCAUGGCGGUCACGCAGCUGAGCUGGCACGAGGCGCUGGAGGCCGUCAAGGCGGUGCGGCCAGUUGCCAAUCCCAACCUCGGUUUCCGCCGGCAGCUGGAGGAAUAUGCAUGCAGCCGGUCAGCAGAGAAGAUCCACCGGCAACUCGAGCGCAAGUACGGCAAAGGCCCUUUUAAUGACGACAAGGACCUCCGGGCUCUGCUGCCGCCGGGCAAAAGGGGCGACCCCUCCAGGGCUGCUGGGGUGCUGCAGACGCGGGUGCCGCGGAGCCGGAGCACGAAGCACACCGGUCCGUUCCUGCUGCGUGUGAAGCAGACCUUCUCCUGCCUCCCCGGCUGCCUGAAGUGAGCCCUGCGGGCCGAAAUCCGGCAAGGGAUGAGCUAUCCACUGGUGCCGCAAGGGGGAAGGACAGGGCAUGGCCCCUGGUGGCCACGUCGGACUGCCGGACUCGCCCGCCUUCCUUCCUUUCACCUGCAGAGACACAGCUCAGUGCCAAAGGAGUCGGCCUCCCAGACGGUCAACUGGGAGGAAUCCCAAAUAGUCACCGGAGAGUUUCUGACCCCAAAGCCUCAUUGGUAGCAAAUCACACCCAGCUGCAGUGCCAGGUCUGGAACGAGACGACCUCCGCUGGUCUGAGACUUGCCCAAGGUGAAUUCCCAGGCAGGAAUCCUUCAGGAUUCGCAGACGAAAGACACGCCGAAAGGAAAAGCUCGAGGGUGGUGGUGCUCACAAGGCAAGGGGCUCCACCAGAUGGUCCCUCAGGCCGCGUUUGUGCGCAGGUGUCGAAAUGGCAGGAGGACGUGGAGCAAAAUAGCCAUUGGCAGGUGGGCCCCAAGGCCCGGCCUGUGCACCCGCUUGGACAGCUGCACACAGGCCGAAUCGCGGAGGGUCGCGCGCGGUGAACGAGCGGCUCCUGCCGCAAUUCUCUGCUGCGCCAACUCUUCAGGCGCGUUAGGCGUGAGCGUGGCAGCUGCACCAUCACGGGCCGAGCAGGUUAUCGCUAGCACCCCCGUCCAUUUUCCUUGCCACGGGAGGAGGGGCCCCAGGCCCAAGUCGCCGCUGGAGCCGAGCCGCCUCUCUCCUCACGGCCUGCCCCGCUCUCUGCUGCACCCCUGGAGCAGGUGAAAUCGCAGGAAGCCGCCAGGGCAAGAUCCAGACCGGAGAAGAGAAACAAGCCCAUGUGCUCCACUGACUUCCCACGGGACUGAUCCAGGAGCCCCGGGAGAGCACCCGCUUUGAAAAGGGCUACCUGGGGUCUCUCCAUCUCGCAGGAAGCAAACAGAGACGCCACCCCCC